AUGCGAGUGAUAGCCGCGACACAAGCUCUUGCUGCUGCUGCUGCUGCUGCUGCUGCUGCAGCUCCUGCUGCCGGUGCUGCAGCAGCUGCUGCAACCGGUGUUGCAGUUGCUGGGGCAACUGCGACUGCUGCAGCUGCUGCUUGCUGCGGCAGCGCUUAUAGGGCGAGUCCUCAUCUACCGCAGCAGCAGCAGCAGCAGCAGCAGCAACUGCAGCAGCAGCAGCAGCAGCAGGAGCAGCAGCUGGAGCAGCAGCAGCAGCAGCAGCUGUAG